AUGUUGAUGAACUGUCUGUCAGUAGAGAAAUAAUAAAUAAUUGUAUUCUUUUUUAUAUUUUGUGGAAAACUAAAAAACACCAUAGACUUGAUAUGUAAAUAAUAAAAUUCGUAGGAAAAUAAUACAUGAUACAGUUUAUUAAGUUGACUAUUACCCAACAGAUAUAAAAACAUUUACAAAUGUGAAAAUAGUAAAAGAUAUUGGCAAUUAGUCAGUUAGUUGGAUAUUAGAGUGAAUUAUUGCAAAAAUGUCUGGUGGACCAGAUUUCGAUUGGGAGGCACACAAUAGGCAAGUAAUAUUAGAAGGGACUGCAGUUUUGGAGAGAACAGGUGACAGCAUAGCUCGAUCAAAUCAAAUUGCAAUUGAAACUGAAAAUAUCGGCAAUGAAGUUAUAAAUGAGUUAGGAGAACAAAGAGAAGCACUUCUUCGCACUCGAGAUCGACUAGAAAAUGCCAAUGAACAACUACUUAAUACCAAAUCAAUCUUAAAUAAAAUGAGAAGGAAUGUUGUAUAUAACAAAUUUAUAUUAAUUAUGAUCAUAAUAAUUGAAAUUAUUAUACUGCUUUCAUUAUCUUACUUGAAAUUUAUAAAGAAAUAGUUGUGAUAUUUGUUAAGAGGUAUUUAAAUAUGCAUAUAAAUUUUUCUAAUGUUUUAUACUUGAGCAUAAAUAUAUAAUGUAAAUAUUUAAAACAAUAUUAGGUUACAAACCUUGAAAAUUACUUUCUUUAAAAAA